CCUCUAUUCCAAUUUAACCUCACCCCCAUUGGACCAAGAAGGCGAUGGCGCAACGUGGUUGAACGGGCACAGUUUCGCGCCACGUAUCAGCAACUCCGGGACCCUACGCCUAGGGAUAGUAUUGGUCUAGCCCUCGUGGAUGCUCUCCACACAGCCAUUGAUGGGGAAUUGAGAAGAGAUCAUCGCCCCGAUCAUCAUUUUGUCAAUUUUUCCAUUACGGCCCACGGAUUCACCCAUGCCUACCAAUCGAUUAAUUUUACCGUGGGUGAAUUUCUUAAACGGUCCCUCAGGUUGGAUGAGCUCCUACAGUCGUUGGUUAACAAGCUCAAUUCCAAUGAAAGCUUUUCCCCUGAGCACGGGUUUCAAGUCGAUAUUACGAUUGUUGCCAUGCCCGGUCCCGGGUCUGGUCGUACAAAACAUAACCCCGGUCGUCGCUGCCUGGAGAAAGAAAAUAAGAAGAAAAGAAGUAUCAUUACCAUCCGGAAUAAAGACCAAUUAUGUUGCAGCAGAGCUUUAGUCACCAUGAGGGCUCAUUGCCAUCGUCAAGAGGGUGCAAUAGAAAACAAUCGGUACCUCAAUAUGAGAACAGGAUGUCCUGUGCAAGAAAAGGAAGCCAAAGACCUUCACCGAUUGGCAGGCGUCCCCGAAGGGCCUUGUGGUCUGGAAGAAUUGAAAAAGUUUCAAGAGGCCCUCUCGCCGCACUAUCAACUGCUUGUCAUGUGUCGCCUCAAGCCCUUCUUUCUUAUUUUCAAAGGACCAGAGGCCCUCCACCAGAUUUGCCUGAUCAAAGGCGGCGAUCAUUACGAUGGAUGUACGUCGUUUUCUGGUUUUAUCAACCGCUCGUAUUAUUGUCAUCUCUGCGAGAAGGGGUACAACACCGACGACGGAAAGCAUCAUUCCUGUGAGGGUCGCAAGUGUACGGCAUGUGUGAGAAUGGACUGUCCAGACUAUGUUCGUGGCACCAGGCCCACCCUACAAUGCAGUUAUUGUUAUACUCGUUUUUUUGGACAGAACUGUUUUACUCAUCACAAAAAGGAAAAACUCUGCCAAUCUUUCAAGACCUGUCCCCAUUGUUGCGCCCAUUACAACGUCGUUAAAGGAAAAAAGCAUCAUUGCGGCUUCGCUAAGUGCGAUGUGUGUGGGGAAUUCGUAAAGAUAGCGGAGCAUAAAUGUUACAUUCAGCCUGUCGCAGAGGAGAAAGAAGAAGAAACCACGGUCAUGGAUGAUGACCCACUGUAUUGGGACCAAGAAAAUGGCCAGAAUGACUGCAAACAGCCCCCACCCCCAACCCUCUUUGUCUAUGCUGACUUUGAGGCCAUGCGGAACGCUGAAGGAGAAUUUAGUCCAAACCUACUCUGUUACAGUACGUCGGAAGAAGACGAGGUGCAUGUCUUGGAAGGAGAGGGGUGUCCCCUGGAAUUUUUGCAUGAUUUGGAUGACCUCACGGAGGUCCCCGACAAUGACAAAGACAGACCCAUCAUCAUCAUCUUCCAUAACCUGAAAGGCUUUGAUGGAAUUUUCAUCAUUAAAGAAAUGUACUCCCAACAGAGAGAGGUGUCGGAUCAACUCACUAUGGGUGCAAAAGUCCUGUCUUUUACAAGUGGUCCCCUCAAAUUUGUCGACUCCCUCUGUUUUCUACCGUUCCCACUCGCCGCUUUCCCGUCCACCUUUUCACUCACGGAACUGAAAAAAGGUUGGUUUCCACAUCUUUGGAAUGUCCCGGAGAACCAGUCGUACGUGGGACGGGUACCCGAUUUAGAGUACUACGAUCCGGAUGGUAUGGAUGUCAAGAAGCGUGAAGAAUUGAAACUGUGGCAUGCAGAUCAAGUGGCCAGAAACAAUGUGUUUGAUUUUCAUCGCGAGAUGGUGGAUUAUUGCAAGUCGGACGUGGUCCUUCUCAAAGCAGGUUGCGAGAAAUUUGUGCAAGAGUUUCAAGCCAAUGCAGGCUUUAACCCAUUUGAAAAGUGCGUGACCAUUGCCAGUGCGUGUAAUCUCUACUGGCGCAAACACCAUGUGAAACCAGACCAGAUUGCCGUGGAACCGCCUCAAGGUUGGCGAGGGGCCCGAGUCAACCAAUCGCAAGUGGCUCUGGAAUGGUUGUAUUGGGAGGAAAGUAAGAUUGAGAAAGAGGGGGCAUCCGCUGAUCGAAUCAAACAUGUACGCAACGGAGGCGAACAAACGGUCCUCACCCCUGCCGCAGCCUAUUUUGUGGACGGCUUCGAUGCUGAAACCAACACCGUCUAU